AUGUAUGGCACAAGAGAUAUCAUUGUUGUAAUAGAUAAUGUUAAAGUUUUAGUAAAAUUAGCAAAUGAUUUCAGUUUAUGCAAAGUUAGAAGAAUACUUGAGUCAAACAAUGUAACAAGAAUGACAAAUUCCUUUUAUUUUACAAAAAAUGGUGCGUUAAUUAAUAUUAGUAAUGAAAAUGAAUAUUUAUUAAGUGAUAUAUUAGAUGACGAUAAUAUGAUUUAUCUUGAAAAAGAUCCUCGACCAAAUUGGAGGGCGUUAGUGAGAAAAUUUAGUCUUGAAAAUGGUCGUAAUUAUGAUGAUUAUAAAGAUAGAGUAGCCGAAAAAAAACUUUUUAUUAUUGAAGAUUGUGAAUUUAGUAUACUUGAACCUGACGAAUAUAAUUUUCACACCAUGACAAUUUUUUCAUUUGAUGAUUUAUCUAAGAAUAAGAAUUUAUUUUUUAAAAACUCUCAAUUAGGCAUUCCAAACACUGCAAACUUUGAUUUUCCAAUAGAUCCACAAAAUUCUCGACCUUCUAAUUCCGAAGAAACAUCUUCAAAGUUUAAAUUAAAAAAUAUUGUCAAAGCAAUAUUAUCUUUUAAAAUAAAAGAUAUUAGACUCACCUAUGAAUUUAUUGUUGCCGUAAAGAGAGCUCUAAAUUCACAAGAUAUUAAUAUAUUAAAACACGUCAUUGAAAAGUUUGGUCAAUUUAUUCCUACAGUGAUUAUAUUUGGUGGAAGACUUCAUUAUAAAGUUACUACAUGCACAGGAAUUUACAGACAAGGUAGAAACGAAAGUACAAUACAACUCCAAGAUUCAUUAAUUUUUGGUGGUGAUAAGAUAAAAAUAUUUCUGGGUAAAGAGGAUGAUUGGAUAACUUCAUUACAAGAAUUUAAACUUUGGGAUAUAAUCGAAUUUCAUAAUCCUGUGAGCAUAUUUGAAUUCUUACCUAAUGACCUAAAAGAUAAGAUUAGAGAAUUGAUCGGGAAGACGAUUAUUUAUUCUAAUAUUCAAGAUUACGAGUUUAAAAUACAUGAUUAUAAUGAUAGAAGUAAUAUUGUCGACUUGAAGAUGCCCAAAAAUAUUGGUUCCAUUUUUUCAAAUAAAGACGUUGAUCCUCAGUUAUUAUUAAUUGUACGAGAUAUAAAUCUAAUCAACAAAAAGUAUAUCGUGUCAAAAUUAAAUGACUUAAGCUUUAAUUCAAUUUUUAAUCCAGAACACAUACAUCUUCAAAGCUCUACAAAACGUUGUCAUUAUAAUGAUAAUACUUUACAUGAAGUACUUAAUAUACGUACAGAGUACUCCAUGGUACUAUUUGGCAUACCUGUAGUACUGGAAUGGGAUCCGAGUUUUAAAUGUUCUAUCAUUGGCCAUCAUUUUAACAGACAUGAUGAUAAAGUUUGCAUAAAUCUUUAUGGUUAUGAUUUAAAUGAAAAGAAAUAUUUUACUCGUUUUUUAUCUAAUUUUAAAUUCAAUCUUUUAUACACUAGACAUCCAAAUCCAGAUAUAUUUAGUUACUUUAAAGUGGAUAAAGAUUUAUCUCUAGAAAAGAUUUUCGAAGCAGAUAAUAAUUUAUUUAUAAACGGGACAAACAGUGUCCAUAAUACUGAAUUUAUUAGUUUGUACAAAGAAGGUUACAACCAAUCCGAUCCAGGAUUUAUUAGCAGAAAAAAUGGACACUUUUUUAUUAAACAACCCGAUGGGCAUAUUUCUCAAGAUCAUUUUUUUGUAGCAGUCUUUAAUCCUGAAUUUAAAAUCCAAGAACCAGAAAUAAUGAAGAAUGAAGCAAUACAAGUAAUUGAGAAUGAAAGCCAAAUAAUAAUCGAAGGCGAGCAUGAAAUCACAAGUUAUGAUUAUCCAAUUUUUAUU